UAGUGAUCGACCAAUGAGAAGCAGCGUAGCAGACGGCGUCGUGCAGGGUGGGAGGUUCGCCCCACCUGAGUUCCUCUCUACAUGGAACUUCUCAAAAACUUCUCCAAGAUAUGGUGUUUCAGGUAACAUGACUGAGGGUAGCAUGAUGGGGGUUGAGAGGGAGGAAUAUGUGGAGGUGGAGCAUGAUUAUUCUUACCAGCGGGACGACCGCACCUUUCACAUGACGAAGGGAGAGAUCUUGAUGCUCCUCAAGCGCUCCACUGCUGAAUGGUGGCAGGUAAUCAGACAAGGAGAACAACGACCCUUCUUUGCUCCUGUGCAGUAUAUUCGAGUAACAGCUGUGCCCCAUGAACAAAUGAAACAGUUUAUCAAAAAGGGAAGAGAGCAACAAAAGCUGCAAUUUGAGCAAAUUUCAGAUGAAAUAAUUCCAGCUAACAAGCCACAGGGCCUACCAUUGCUGCCAUCAACCUAUGUAGACGUUCUGUCCUCUAAAAGUCCAGUUACUAGUCCAGUCACCAGUCAGUGUUACAUGGCUGCAGUAGAACCAACCAGAAUAAUAUCAGAGAGGAGAGAUCAGUAUCUUAGCAGACCUCAAGGAUUUUCUUCCUUUAAAAGUGAUUUCCCUAAAGGGUUGCCCUACAGAAGUAACAGCAGCAACAAUGAGUUGCCGUCUCCAAACUCUCGAGGUCAUGCACACAGUGGACAGGAGUCUUCAUCCUCUCACACAUCAAAAUCAAGCCUGAAUGAUGACAGCAUGGAGUCGCUGAAGUAUCUCCAUUCUAAAAACCAGGUGAUAAAGGCAUCUUCACAUGACGAAUUAAUGUGUGGAGAUCGAAGUCAAUCUACUUUAGAUAUUAGUCAACCUCGAGCAGCUAGCAAUGAGGAAUUGGAUGGUCAUUAUAAUAGUAGAGAUUAUUUAUUUAAGAGUAAUCAACUAAGCUAUCGUCAUAGAUCCAACUCUGUGGAUUUUAGAAUAUUUCAGAAAGAAUUAUCGUUUGGUGAAAUGAAACAAGGAUCUUUAGAUAAAAGUCGUAAACCAAGACUGUCAAAAGAUACAGGUAACAGACGUAGAUCAUGGGCAGUUGAGGAGCUAAGUGCCUCAGAGAAUUUUCGUCCUUCUCUAAGAAGAGGGGAGACUGUGGAUGCAGCUAUUGUCUUGGAUGUGCCUCCUAAACUGCCACCGAAGCAAAGGAAACAUAGAUUUGAAACGUACAAUUCCAGCUCAGAAAAUAUUGGUAUAUUAGAGGGACCAAUAGAUAUAAAGUUACAAGAGGUUAAAUUAAGUCAGUCUGCAAGUUCAGCAGUGACAAAUGGGAGUAACCAGAGUAAAUCCUAUGAAAUGGGACACACUAGCCAAACUUCUGAUCCACUCAUAGUUUCAGAAAAUGAGGAAAAAUAUUCGCUUUGUCAUCAGGAGUCUCAGGACUUGAAAGACCCUCCUAUUGCAUUACCAAGGAAGAUUUUACCCUCUCAGAUUUCUUCAUUUGAAAGAAAAGAGGAAGAUAAGGAAAACAACAAAGGGAUGAAAGUUGGAAUUUCAGCAUCUUUAAGUUUAGGGGAUACCUUUCAUAGAGAGGGAAAUAGCAGUCAGGUUAAGAAAAGUUCAAGUCAGAGCAGUUUAAAUAGUACAUCUGUCAAUGUGGGUGGAGGUAUUCUGACUAGGGGUGGUAGUUUGUCAAAAGGAAAUCAUGCACCAAAAAUUUCCAAUAAUACUGAAUCAGUUCAAAAAGUUCCUGGUUCUCCAGAUUUGUUAAGGAAAGGUGGUAGCACUCCAAAUUCUACCAGGAAAGACUGUGGUACUCCUGAUUCUCUUAGAAAAAACUAUGGGUCUUCAGGAAAGGUGUCAGGGAUAAGGGAAACAUGGCGAAGUUUCAAGCAGAAAAGUGAGAAACGAGAAAGUAAGAAAGAGGAAGAGAAGGAGAAUGAAGCUGUCAAAAUGUCUUCCAGAGACACCCCAACACCUGAUUCUUCUCGUGGCAGGAAAAUAACGCAGACACCCCCUUCACCACAGUCAAGCCCUCAAAGAAUAGUAUUUGAUGACUGGGGUGAAUAUGUUGAUGAGGCUUCGAAGAGACCAUUCUAUUUCAACACAAGAACCCGUGAAAAGCGAUGGAAACCUCCACGUAAAGGAAUACAUUCAGUUGCCAUUCCAGAGGUUCCACCAUCAGCCAGACAAGAGGAACUAAGAUGUUGCUCAAAUCGUCCUCCUAGGAGUCCUGCACCAGAUUAUCCUAAUUCUCCAAAAUCCCCCCACAAACCUUUCUCUUACUCAAACCCAAAUGAAGCAUCAUUUCCCUCACAACUGAAUAGAGCUGCCACGCUGUCUCCAACAUCCAGUGUUUCUUCACAUCGCCUUAUGGCUGCAUCUCUUACACUGCCUGCAUCUCUUACACUGCCUGCAUAUGGUGCAUCCUCAAAUAAGAACAUGCCACUAAACUGUGCUUCUAAUGCCCCCCAAAUCCCUUCUAUGAUUCAGGUUACUCCCCCCAUUGUUCCCCCCAGCAGUGCCAAGCCCCACUAUCCUGCCACCCCUACCACUCCCAUCUCUACUGAAUAUCCAGACUUAAAUGAGACUGAUCCAAAUUCUGCCUUGCUUGACAUAUUGUAUAACAUAAGUCCCCCAAAAGGCUGGCGUAAAGAGUACGAUGCUCUCACACAGAUGGUAUACUUCUACAACACAGCCACCAAACAGCGGUCAAAGGGAGUUACGUGGGUGACAGAAGACAUUGCACACCACGACAACCAGCAGUACAUUCGCAAGUCAUACCAGAGCACAAUGGAUCAGAACGAGGCACUGCAGCUAGAUGUGGACAUACUUGAUGAAAAUUUAGAGUCUGUAGAAGGUGCUCGAGGGGAUAUCACUCUACCUUGCAAUAUAGAUUGCACAUUAGAAGAAAAUAUUCAAAUUAAGAAUGAACCAUUAAUUUGUAGUUCAAAAGCAUCAGGACAUAAACUUGAAUCUGAUACUGGUCAGGAUCCCAAAAUUCCACCAAAGAAGCCACCUCGAAAAUCUCAGUUGUCUGUCCAGUCAUCACUGCCAAUGCAGUCGAGACAGACAGAGGUGGUUGCCAUCACUAGCCAUCCACGCUCGCCAGUUAUCCAGACACGGUGUGUUGUGAACCCGCCUAUUACUCCAUCGAUAAUGGAGCCUGGUUCUAGAGUCUCUUCGUUUGCACCACGCUCAAUUGUUUCUCGGACUGGUGGACAUUCCCGAAGUAAAUCUGAAAGUUUAAAAGUUGAUAAACUAAAUUUAUUAGAUACAUGUAACAACUUUCAAGAUCCUGCAGUAACAGUAGCAUUAGGUGGUAUAUCCACCAGUCUGGGGACAGUAUCUAGACCUAGCACAGGCUCCAGGUCUCCAUCCCCUCAUACUCCAAGUCCCAAGUCACCAUCUCCUUGUGGCACAAGAUCAAAGUCACCAUCCAGAUAUGCUGUUAGUCCAAAGUCACCAUCCUACUUACAAAAGCCAAAAUCACCAUCUUACUCACAGAAGUACAAGUCACCCACUUUUCCCAAAACAGAGAAAAACACAGUGAAACCGGAUGGCACUUCACGUGAUACAUUAUAUGAUACAUUAUUUAGGAGGCGUGAUUUCAGCUCUGGAAACAAUGCCGAAAAAUGUGAUAAGUCAAGUGUGCAUCAACCAGCGACAGUGCUUUAUCACCAGAAUGAGCAAGAUCAAAAAGAAAUGUACAAGGAAUCAGACAACACGAAGUUAUUUCCUAGAGAUCGAUAUGAUGAAAUUCUAAAGGAAUUAACCACCCAUAGCAUCAUGUCAGCCCUAACACAUUUUAUGUCUACAGAUAAUGAAAGUGAAGAAAUGGAAAGCUCAGCUAUUGUUUCUGAUUAUUUGAAAGUGCCUUGUAAAAAUACCGAUCUAGGAGACGAAAAAGGAACAGGAAAAAAGCAACAUAAAAUGGGACAUGAAGGAUUUUUCUCUUUCCCAGUCAGUUCACAACAAAAUCAGUCUCUUAGAAUGAGUGUAUCAAGUGGAGUGGAUGGUAGACCUGCACCAAACAGUGAUGCCAAAUCGUUAAGUCAUGUCCGAAAGUCGACGUUUAUUAGUCAAGAUGAGGUGGGAUUCAUUCUAGAAAAUAAAUCUCUGUCAACCAUACACAGGUCGGUACCCUCAGAAGAUGACAACCCCAUUGUGCCAGGUCGAAUUAUUGAUUCAGUCUCUUCACGUUCUAUGAGCUGUGAUCAAGGAAGUGAAAUCCAGUCAGAUUGGGAUGAAUCUGCCUUUACUGAUGAUGCUGAAAGCUUCUCACCUACUCAACCGUUUCAUUAUACCGGAAAGGAUCGUGAAAGAGAGCGCAAGAGGUCACAAGAUUCUGAGAAGUGGUUGGCGACGAAUGAUGACAAAGGCAAGAUCUACUACUAUGAAGAAAAUGGUUCUAAAAGUCUGUGGAGACUACCGCAGAUUGAUGACAUUGACAGUCCCUCAUUAGAUGCCAAAGGACUCAGAAUUUCUACUAUAGCCGAGAAUUUGUCAGAAUUAAGUGAAAAUAUCAUGAAAGAAGGAUUCCUGCAUCGCACCUUCUUCCUACGAGAGGGUAAGAAGGUGCGUAAAAACUGGACACAGUCAUAUGCUCGAUUCAUUGUGGGAGCCUUUAACUCGGGCUCUUCAGGACUAUUGUACUUUUCCAAGACCAAGGAUGAAGAUAAGAAAGCAGAGGUAUUUGAAUUUUACCCAGUAUGCUACCUGGAACGUACUACUGACAAGAAGACAAGCAGACAGCAAGUGAUAGGGUUGAGGAAUGGCCAUGAGACUGAGGUGUUACUUCAGUUUGAGGAUAAAGAUAUUGCUAUAGAAUGGUUUAAGGUUCUUGAAGCACAUGAUGGAGUGCAGUUGAGCUUUCCCCCCACACUGGAGAAAGAAGAGAGAAAAGGAAAACGAACAUCUGAGAAAAUCAAGCGUGAAGCCAGUGUUGAGCAUCUUAAUCCUGAUAGCAAAGGUAUCACUGACAAACUUCGCAGCUUUAUAAAGAAAAGACCAUUAAAAGAAACACUGGAGAAGAAGGGUAUAUAUAAAGAGUCAGUGUUUGGCAGCACUCUUUCUGAACUUCAUAUACAAGACAAAACCACAAUUCCUAUAUUUGUUCUUCAGUGUAUUAAUCACAUUGAGAAAUCCCAGGAAAAUUUACGCACUGAUGGGUUAUAUCGGAUAUCUGGAAAUGCUGCCCAAAUUCAGAAGAUCAGAUUUGAGGUUGCUCAGAGAAACUACAUCAUCUUAAGUCAAGAGAAGGAAAUCCACAACCUGUCUGGGGCCUUGAAGUUGUUCUUUCGUGAGCUCAAGGAACCUUUGAUUCCCUUUGACAAUUACCAGGACUUCAUCCAAGCUACAGGCUCUGAGUACCGGCGGAUAAACCAACAAGUAGACAGACUAUCAAAAGCUGUCAACAUGCUUCCUCCUGAAAAUUAUGAUACACUCAAGGUUCUUCUUCAACAUCUUCUUAGAGUAAGUGAAUUUGAAAGCGAAAAUCGGAUGAGCAUUUCAAACCUGGCCAUAGUGUUUGGACCGUGUCUUUUGUGGCCACGAGAAACAUCGUCCCACGAUCUCAUGACGGACGUCAUGCUUCACAAUCGUGUCAUUGAAGGACUUCUCUCAGAUUUCUCGAAGAUAUUUUCAUGUAAAAGGUGAUGAGUAUAUGUGUAGUGUUAUUAUUCAGUUCAUGAAGGUUCCUUAAAAAUUUACCUUUCAAGCAUGGUAGAGGACAUGUACUAAUACAAUCAUUGCUAAUAAGUACUGUCAAACAUUAUGUUAGCUUUAUUAUAUAAAAUUACAUAAUGCUGUUAAUACUGCUGUUAUGAAUAAAAGGCUGUGUAUGUAAAAAUAUAUCACAGAUAUACAUACAUCAUCAUCAACCAUCAUUGACAUUGACUCAGAGCAACCAUCAUUGUUGCUUAACGGUCACUACUAUUGACAUUUUCAUUCUCUCUCUCUCUCUUUCUUUCUUUCUUUCUCUCUUUCUCUUUCUCUCCCUUUCUCUUGCUCUCACCCACUGACACUAUAUCUGGUGUUCACUGAAAACUGUGGAAUAAUAGUCAGUCUGGUGAAACUGUUCAUUUUAUUGACAAAUGGUUCAUAAAUCAGUUUGAAGUACAGUAGACCAUCGAUUAAAACAGUCAUAUAGCAGUAUGAUUUUCGAUUACCGCACUAUAUUGAUUAUUUAGUAUUGAGUAAAUUUAGGGAAAAAAAUAGCUAAUACAGUGGAACCUCUACUUACGAGUUUAAUCCGUUCCAUGACCUUGCUCGCAACUGGAUUUGCUCAUUUGCAGAGUCAAUUUUCCUCAUUUAAAUUAAUUGAAAUGCAAUUAAUCCGUUCCAGUGGAAUUCUGUACUUCAAUAAUUUAGCUAAUAUCAACUCUACGGCUUAUUUAUCUAUCUCACUUCAUCUAAUAUGACAUAAUAAACAAUAUAAAUAACAUAGAAACCUGAUAUAUACUCUAAAAUGAAUAAAAUGCCAUUUAUGUAGUGUUAUGGGCAGUGUCGGCGGUGGACGAGAGUUUGUCAGGACGCCGGGCAAAAUACUUCAUGAAUAAUUUUGCUAAUAUCAUCUAUACGGAUUAUUUAUCUAUCACAGUUCAUCUAGUAUGACAUAACAAACAAUAUGAAUAACAUAGAAACAUGAUAUAUACUCUAGAAUGAAUAAAAUAUGUCAUUAUGUAACAGGUGGAGGCAGCCACAUCCGCUCCCUCUUUGUUGUGGUAAACACUGCCAUCUAGUGACGGCCUUUUGAAGCCGUCUAUUACAGGUCCGCCAUCACAAAUCCGGCAAUCAGUUAUUCGGCACUAAUUUUGGCUAGCAUAAUUUCAAAUUUCCAGGGUCGCCACACCAACCUGCUGGUGCUGUUUGGUGGUGCUACUUGCUGCGUAAGUCAUUCCAAUUUCUUUUUCUCCAUUUAUUGUUUUAACCUGCUUACUUUUAGCCCUAGCCAUGGUUCCAAUGAAUAAAAGAAAUGCUUCUCAUUAUGUAAAGCACCUACAUGGUACAUUAUCCAUUAACCCUUUGACUGUCGCAACCCCCAAUCCUGAGGUGUCUCCUGGUGUCGCAAAAUUUCAAAAAAAAAAAUUAUUUUUUCUUAUGUAAUGAUAGAGAAUCUUUUCCCGAUUGUAAUGACACCAAAAAAACGAAAUUUGAUGGAAAACUGACGGAAUUAUGCUCUCGCGAAGUUAGCGACCUCGGCGAUAUUUACAAAUCGGCGAUUUCGCCCACUUUGAGCCCUAUUUUCGGCUAAUUCCAUUGUUCCAGUCGACCAAACUCAUAGCUAUUUCUUUAGAACUCCAUUUUUUCUAUCGAUUAAGUACAAGAAACUGCCCAUUUACUGAUUUCAACUACCCAAUAAUGUGGUCAGAAAUUUGCAAUUUGGCCAAUUUCACAAAAAUUAAAAAAUAUGACAAUUUCAAAAUAAGGUCCAGAAUGAACAAUGCAGACAUUCCUGGCUCUAAAAUAACAUUUUCUUUGUUCAUCAGUCAUGUCUCCAGGCCCCUCUGAUAUUACUCUUGCUUUCUAUUUUGAAUUUUUAUUCAAACAAAAAAUAGAAGAUUUACUGUUAUGCAGACUACUGCAAUACUGUAAUAAUUGUAUAAAUAACAUCAACCCAUUCAUGACUGCAUAUUAGAAUGGCUAGUUGGACAUUUAUUGGACAAUGACAUCAUUUGUUUACUUUUGAACAUUGGCAAAAAUCAAACAUUUCCCCUACUUUGAGCUCCAUUUCCAGGUUCUUUUUAUAGUAAAAUCAAUCAAAAUCACCUCUACUUCUAUAAUAUGUUUUCCAUUCUAUCAAAUGAGACCAAGAAAAUGAGAAUACAACGAUAAAUACUAUACGAAAAUAGACCACAAAGUCGGCAUUUUAAUUAAAAAAAAUGGUCGGAGUUUUUUUUUCUUAUUAUGCACUGCGUGCUCCAGGAUUUUUUUUAUAUGGUGCACACUGACCACACAGACCCAUUCUCUCACAUGUGGGCCUACCAGCUAUCGCCUGCUUGAUUUGAAGCCGCUAGAAUUUGAGUAUAUAUAAGUCAAACACGGUACCUCGUAAGACGUAUAUAUACGGCCGCGACAGUCAAAGGGUUAAAGAUAAGGUGGCUUUGAAGCCACUGUCGGUUGUCAUGAACUCAGUCUCAUAAGCAAGAGAAUAUGCUUUAUUAUUAUGCUAAUUUCAACACUACAGCUUAUUUCCCUAUCACAAUUGAUCUAAUAUGACAUAAUAAACAAUAUAAAUAACAUAAAACAUGUUAAAUACUCCAGAAUGAAUAAUAUUUGGCAUAACACUGAGCAGUUCAACGGAGGUAUGAAGAGGAUAUGAUAUACAAAUACCAUUCUCCUAUCCUUGUCUUGGUGGCUUAUAUUAGAGAAAACGGAGUGUAGCACAGGGCUAACUGUCAUAUACACUCGUACUGCACCAUAAACCUGAAACAAAAAAGUUAUUUUCUCUCUAUAGAUUAUCACACACAGCAUCAUAUGUGUAGAGAACCUAGGAUAACCCAAAAAGAGUCAACGUGGCAUAUUUUUAGUACCUGGCUUGGGUUAGCCACAUAUGAUUUUUAGUAAAUAUUCGAUUCCCAGCCAGGGUAGAAACAUUAGGCAUGUUUCUUUACACCUGUUGUCAAUGUUUACCCAUCAGUAAAUGGGUACCUGGGUGUUAGCCAACUAGUGUGGGUGUUAUCCUGGGACACUGACCUAAUUUUCUUGAAAUAUUCUGCAUAACAAGCGGCUUUCUAUACAGUAGUAUGUCACUGAUGUCAGCUAGGCCUGUAUACCUUGUACAUGUACGUGUAGUAAAUCAAGAUAUUAUUAUUAUAUUAUUUUCUCAGUUGUUUGUUGGGUUAUCUUAUUCAAACUUGGGCAAUGUAUGAUGGAAAGAUACUUCUUCACAUACACCAAAAAUGAAAGAAAUCAGACCAUAAAUAGCGGAGUUCACUUCUCAGCCAUUAGCGGCUGCUUAGCGGUAUAUUUUUGUAUGGUUGUUAUGAUUAUUUUCUCAUUUUUUCGGUCUCAUUUGAUAGAAUGAAAGAUAUAUUACAAAAAUAGAUGUGAUUUUGACUGCUUUCAUGACGAAAAGUACCUUGAAAUUGCGCUCACAGUAGCGAAAAUGUUCUAUUCUUUAGUGAAGCUCAAGAGUAAACAAAUGACGUCACCGUCCAACACCUGUCCGCCUGCCAGUCUAAAUUCCAAUACGGAGUCAAGAAUGGCUUGACAAUAUUUAUACAAUUAUUACAAUAAUGCAGUAGUCUGCAUAACAGUAAAUCUUCUAAUUUUUUGUGAAUAAAAAUUCCAAAUGAAAAGCAAGAGUAAUAUAGGAGGGGCCUGUAGCCAUGACUAAUGAACAGAGAAACUGUUAUUUUAGUGCCAGGAAUGUCUGCAUUGUUUAUUCUGACCCUAUUUUGAAAUUUGUGUGAAAUUGGCCAAAUUGCCAAUUUCUGACCACUUUAUUGGGUAGUUGAAAUAAGUGAAUGGGCAGUUUCUUGUACACAGUUGACAGACUAGAAGUAAAUAAGUUUAUUCAGGUAUACACAAAUACAGUUACAUAGAUUAUCAUACAUAGCAGUGUAUGUAUAGAGAACCUAGGAUAACCCAGAAAAGUCAGACAAAGUGAUUUAUUUCCAGUACCUGGCUUGGGCUUGCCAUAUUUGAUAUUUGGUAAAUAUUUUUUUUUCUCGGUUGUUUGUUGGGCUAUCUCAUUGAAACUUGGGUAAUGUAUGAUGGAAAGAUGCUUCUUAACGUACAACAAAAAUAAAAAAGACGGACGAUAAAUAAGGGAGUUCACUUCUCAGCCAUUAGCCGCCUCUUUGCAGUAUAUUUUCGUAUGGUUUUUAUGGUUGUAUUCUCAUUUUUUUGGACUCAUUGAUAGAAUGGAAGAUAUAUUACAGAAAUUGACAUGAUUUUGAUUGCUUUCAUGACGAAAAGUACCUUGAAAUUAAGCUGAAAGUAGCGGAAAUGUUCGAUUUUUGCCGAUGUUCAGUGAACUGUGUAAGUCAAGUUGGUUAAUUUUAUUUAGUGUAUUCUAACCUAACCACUCUGUAAUUCGGCAAAGUCAGUAAUCCGGCACACUACAGGUCCCAAUGAUGCCGGAUUUGUGAUGGAGGACCUGUAUUGUAAUUAUUAUAUGUAGUACAUUAUUAUUAUUAUAUAUGUAUUAUUAUUAUACAUAUAUUAUUAUUAUUAUUGUAUUAAACUAUUAUUAUUAUUAUACGUAUUGUUAUUAUUCAUAUUAUUAUACAUAUUAUUAUUAUUAUUAUCAUUAUUAUUAUUAUUAUUAUUAUAUAAAUUAUUUGUAAUUUUUAUUCACACAAAAAAUAUAAGAUUUACUGUUAUUCCUUAUUGCAAUAAUUGUAUAAAUAUGUCAACCCAUUCCUAGGUUAAGCUCAAUUUCAAAGCACUUUUCGUCAUGAAAGCAAUCAAAAUCAUAUGUUUUUUUUUUUUUUUCAACAAACCGGCCGUAUCCCACCGAGGCAGGGUGGCCCAAAAAGAAAAACAAAAGUUUCUCUUUUUUAAAUUUAGUAAUUUAUACAGGAGAAAGGGUUACUAACCCCUUGCUCCCAGCAUUUUAGUUGCCUCUUACAACACACACAUGGCUUACGGAGGAAGAAUUCUGUUCCACUUCCCCAUGGAGAUAAGAGGAAUUAAACAAGAACUAGAAAGAAAAUAGCAGAAAACCCAGAGGGGUAUGUGUGUAUAUAUACGCUUGUACAUGUAUGUGUAGUGUGACCUAAGUGUAAGUAGAAGUAGCAAGACACACCUGAAAUCUUGCAUGCUUAUGAGACAGAAAAAAGGACACCAGCAAUCCUACCAUCAUGUAAAACAAUUACAGGCUUUCGUUUUACACUCGCUUGGCAGGACGGUAGUACCUCCCUGGGUGGUUGCUGUCUACCAACCUACUACCUACAAAAUCAUAUGUAUUCCUGUAAUAUAUUUUCCAUUCUAUUAAAUGAGAUCAAAAAAACGAGAAUACAACCAUAAAAACCAUACAAAAAUACCACUAAGGGGUGGCUAAUUGCUGAGAAGUGAACUCCAUUAUUUAUGCUUAGAUUUCUUUCAUUAUUAUUAUUAUUUUUUUUUUUUCAACAAGUCGGUCAUUUCCCACCGAGGCAGGGUGACCCAAAAGAGAAAGAAAAUCCCCAAAAAGAAAAUAUUUUCAUCAUCAUUCAACACUUUCACCACACUCACACAUUAUCACUGUUUUUGCAGAGGCGCUCAGAAUACAACAGUUUAGAAGCAUAUACAUAUAAAGAUACACAACAUAUCCCUCCAAACUGCCAAUAUCCCAAACCCCUCCUUUAAAGUGCAGGCAUUGUACUUCCCAUUUCCAGGACUCAAGUCCGACUAUAUGAAAAUAUUAUUAUUGUUAUUAUUAUUAUUAUUAUUAUUAUUAUUAUUAUUAUUAUUAUUAUAUUAUCAUUACAUUAUCAUUAUUAUUAUAUAAAUUGUAAUUUUUAUUCACACAAAAAAUAUAAGAUUUACUGUGACGUCGUUUAUUUACACUGAAACAGCCAAGCAACGGACCAUUUCUCAGCGGUUGAGCUCUAUUUCAAGGUACUUUUCGUCGUGAAAGCAAUCAAAAUCAUAUCUAUUUCUGUGAUAUAUCUUCCAUUCUAUCAAAUGAGACCAAAAAAACGAGAAUACAACCAUAAAAAACAUUCGAAAUUACCACUAAGGGGUGGCUAAUUGCUGAGAAGUGAACUCCAUUAUUUAUACUUAGAUUUCUUUCAUUUUUGGUGUAUGCUAAGAAGCAUCUUUCCAUCAUACAUUGCCCAAGUUUCAGUAAGAUAGUCCAACAAACAAAUGAGAUACAAUUCCUGAGAUCAAGAGCAAGAGCCCCUCACCAGUGUCAAGGAACCUACCUUGAGGUCUGCUUGCUUGUGGAAAUUUUGCUCGCGUAUGGAAGCAAAAAAUUGACCCAUCGACUGCUCGUAUUUGGAAAAACUCGCACGUGGACACGCUCGCAAGUAGAGGUUCCACUUUAUUUGGUAGAAGGCGGCUAGUAACUGUUAAUUUCAUUGGAACUAUAGUACACAUUCUUGUGCCUUUAAGAGUCAUUCAUUUACUUUAGGUGUAUUUAUACUAAUGUUGAGUAUGGUGGUGAUUGAUGAUAAAGUGUGAAAAGUAAUUGAAAGAAAUGAAAGUAUAAUCUUAUGGCACUGCCAUUAACGUAUCUGUAUGGAGUUGAUAGGUCCAUCUCAGCAUAUGCCAUUCAUACUUGAAUUGCUUAACACCAUGAAAGUCACAGGCCUAAUUAACAAAUGUGACUGAAUUUACUUUUUUCCUGCAUACCAGUCAGUACAUAGUGUUUUCUUAUCUUGCAUCACCAGAGCUGAAAUGUGAGGAUGCUGAAUGUAAUGUGUAUUUACCCAAUUGAGAGGGGACUCCAAUUUAUAUAGUUACAUCUGCAAUAAGAGAAAACUACAUAUAAUGUGCAUACAAUACCUAGUGUGUGUACAUUGUGCAUCAGUUUGGUUAAGUUUUUUUUGUUGAUGAGUUGCAUAUUCUGAGUUUACCUGUCCAUGAGAGAGACUGCCACCAGUAUUUGUUCUCUUCUUUUGCAUAAUUGGGUUAAAAAUUAGGAAAACCUGGAUAUAACAUAUACUGUACAGUAUCCAGGUCAUAUAGUAUACCGCCCAUCAGUUUUGUUGAUAAACUUUUUUUUUGUGAUAAAGAAUGAUGUAUGAGGUUGUUGGUUAUGUUUACAUCUGCUCAUCCCUUCCACCAUUCAUUUCUCUCGCCCUCGGCUAAUUACUAUUAUUUUUAUUAUUGAAAACGAGAGAACUGGUCCUGUUUUAAUUUUUUAUUUAACUCUUUCAGUGUCAGUCCCGUACUUCUAUUCCAUGAGCUCAGAUCACUCAGAUAAGCUAUGAGUGGUAAAUUUGGGACUAGAUAUGAGAGAAUGGAUCUGUGCUGUAAGUGUGCACUAUAUAAAAAAAUUCCUGCAGCAAGCAGUGCAUAAUAAGGACAAAAAAAACUGUGACCAUGUUUUUGGUUUUUAAAACCCUGAAUUCUUGGUGUUUUUGUAUGAUUUUUAUGGUUGUAUUCUCAGUUUGUGAGUCAUUUGAUAGAAUGGAAGAUAUAUUACAGAAAUAGACAUGAUUUUGAUUGGUUUCUGGACUGAAAAUAGCUCGAAAUUGAGUCAAUAUAGCGGAAAUGUUCAAUUUUUGCUGAUAUUCCAGAGUACAUAAAUGACAUCACUUGUUCAGUACGCAUCCAACUGGCCAGUCGUAUACCCAUAUAGGAAUGCACUGACACUAUUUAUACAAUUAUGCGGUAGUCUGUAUAACAAUAUAUCUUCUGUUUGUGUGAAUAAAAAAUUCAAAAUGGAAAGCAAGUGUAAUAUAAGAGAUGCCUGGGGAUGUAACCAACAAACAGAGGAAAUGUUUUUUUAGUACCAGGAAUGGCUACAUUGUUUUUUCUAGACCCUAUUUUUAAAUUUGCAUUUUUUUUUUAAUUUUGUGUGAAAUUGGCCAAAUUACUGAUUUCCAAAAUUUGGAAUUCAUUACCAGUAAAUACUAAAGUAACCCGAUCUGAACAUCAAUUUAAGACUCUUCUCAAAAACCACUUACUCACCCUAAACUAAAUACUCAGUAUUUAACUUUAACAAAAAAUCUCCCAGUUACCUAAAUCUUAAAACUUCAAAACGUGAUGCCCAAAGUUCAUACAUUGAUUAAAACUACCUUGUAGUAUAAAUACCUACCCAAAACAUUACUACCCAAUUGUAGCAUUCUCGUACUGUAAACUACUUUCAACAACUCACGAUGUUAUAUUCCCAUAAUAUAAUUUCAAUAUUUACUAUUGAAACUAUUGUAAUUUGAGUAAAAUUACUGUGUACUAUAAAUAAACAAGAUGUACAACUUAAACUAUGAUCAAUUUCUUUAGUAUUUUGUAGUGUGUAAGCCAUUAAAUUAAGUCUGCCCAAAAUGCCUAAGCAUGAUAGUGGCUCUUUGCACUGCAACUCAUUUUUGUAAUUUCAUAAUCUCAGUGUAAUCUUGCAAGGAAAUAAAAAUUGAUUGAUUGACUUAAUUGGGUAGUUGAAAUAAGUAAAUGAGCAGUUUCGUGAACUCACUCGAUAGAAUAACAGGAAUACUAGUGAAAUAGCUAUAAGUUUGGUCGACUGGAACAAUGGAAUUGGCCGAAAAUAGGGCUCAAAGUGGGCGAAAUCGCCGAGACUGCUAACUUUACAAGAGCUUAAUUCUGCAAGUUUCCCGUCAAAUUUUGUACUUUUGGUUACCUUCGGAAAAAGAUUCUGUUAUUUCAUAAUUUUUUUAUUAUUAUUAUUAUUAUUAUUAUUAUAAAUUCUUUGAUCCUGAUAGCAAGUUUGAGAUCAGGGGUCUCGACCCUCAAAGGGUUAAGUAAUAUUAUUAACUUAAGUACUGUAGUAUUAUUAACAUCAAUGUAUUGCUGUCUAUAAAUCUUGUCUUAUGGACAGUAAUACAUUGAUGGUAUUUUUACUGAUAUUAAUAAGUGAUCAUGGUUGGUGUAGUGGCAGAUGAUAGUUAAAGAACUGCAUAUCAUAUGUUGAUACAGCUGUUAGUCAGGGCCACAUCAACCCUCCACACACUUCUAGAGUAUCAAGCAGUGACUAGCUAAAAUGUAAGGAAUGGAAAACUUCACUUUUUUUAGUCUUGAUGAAUUACAAGUCUUAAAAAUUGCUUGGCAUUCUUGGGGCACCCAUGUCAUCCUAUUUUUUCCAUGUGUUUUUCAAUUUAUUGUAUAUGUUUUUUUUUUAUGCAAAAUUUUCUGGAACAUAACUUCCAUUUUAAUUGAUGGUCUACUGCAUUUUAAUAAAUAGUAUUGCCUGUUACAGACAACUUGAUAA